GCUACCGGGGGGUGGGGGGUUGCUGAUGCUCCAAGCGCGUGUGUGCUGUGCGCGAGCUGACACGCCGUGCACCACGAAUCGUGGAGUGGUGUGCGGGCCUGUGAAAUCGUGUGCGGACGACGUCUGUGCUUCCGUCGCUACGUGGAUGUGUUGUUAAAGUAACGAAAUCGGUAGCACGCCGAACAUGAUGCGGGAACGGAACCGGGUCGCGACAGGAGACGCCGCGGGAGCGGCCGGCCGCCGAUCUCGCGCCUAGGCCUAAUGAAGUGUCGCCGCCGUCGGCUGUGUUGUGUUCGCGCGCGGCGCCUACUUUGGGAAGUCGCAGCUCACCGGACCGUUUGUACCGUGUAUGUGUGAACAGUGAGUGCAGAGAAGGGAGGCAGAGCCCAGGUUGGGCUGGGCGAUGUGGUCAGCACUGGUGUGCUCCCCUCUUGAUGGCCGUUUCUUCUCGUGCCCCCCGAGCCAGCUGCAGCACAAACGCAUAGUGGCCAGCCCCCUGGCCCCACUUGGGGUCGCAUGUACCUCGGUGGCCAUCUCACCGCACCAGAGUCUCAGGAAAGUGCCUGCCAUUCCGAGUGAACCAUCUGCCGCCCAGGGCCUGCAAGCGCCAGUGGUUGACCACAUUGUACCACCCACUGGUGUGAGCGAUUGUACCAAUAGUUUGCAGGAAGGAAUGACUGGCCUGGUGACACGCCAUUCAAACCCUGGCUCACAGGCUAAGGAGAGCGGUGCCCUGAUGGCAGGUGGUGCUGGCCGAGAGGACGACUGGCAGAUGCCGUGCCUGGAGCCCUCGCCCGAGCGCCGGUCUGUGCGUAGUGCUGCCAAGCGCUGGGGGCCCCGCUCGCCCGAGAUGCCCAUGCUUGUGCCAGCAAUAAGCAAGGGGCCUGCAGAGGAGGCUGAGGAGGUGGUGUCUAAGCAGACGACGCAGCUUCUCCUGAGCCGAUUCCAGGGAAGUGUGGAGGUGGACAGUAUUGAUGGUGUGGACUUCUUUAGUUUCUCUAGUGUGGAGGACCUCAACGAGUUUGCUCGUUCCAUGGACCAACUACUUGAAGAGCAGUAUCACGAGCCGCGCUCCCCGGACGGAUCGGCACCUUCCUCUGUGGCGCGGUCUGGGGCAGCCGACGAGGAGUGGCGUGAGUCAGACUGGACAGAGGAGCGGCAGCCUGUGGUUGUGCUUCCGCGCAAGACGACAGACAUCACCAAGAUCAAGGGGUGGCGCCGUAAGGCAUUCGGUUCAGACCAGGCAGCAGACCACACGACACGCUGGGUCAUGGACCAGAUGAAUGAACAGGCAUGGCGCCAUCAGGAUGAAGAGAAGCCAGAGCCACCUGCAUUAAUGACACGGAGGGCAGCGGCAGCAGCAGCCGCAGCUGCUGCAGCGGCGAGCGAAGGCCAGCGCUCGGCAUCAAACCAGGCAGUACCAAAGCCUGAAGCAAGGAGCAUGAUGGUUGAAGUUAAGCAGGAGAACUUGCAAGCGCCUGAGGCGUCGAUGUCCAAGGGUGUGCGCUGUGCCUUCCUGAGCUCCAAGUUGGACGAGUUCCUGCAGCACCAGUCGGAGCUGCGAGUGGGCCAGCUGGCGCAGCUUAACCCCAACAUUGUGCCGCUGCCUGAGGGGCAGGGAGUGCUUGCACUCAGCAACCCAGUCCUUGCAUGUCAGCCCCCUGAGGCGGCAUCCAGGCAGGUGGGCCCGACCAGGGAGAUGACAGCUCGUCCGUCACGACGUUAUGUCAGGCCACGGGCUGCAGAGAAUGGGCGCACAGAUGGUGUUGCACGGACCGAGCACUGGAAGACAAGUGCGUCUGCUGCUGUUCGGCGUCGGCGUCAGAGCAGUGCGACCACUGACAAAGCAGCAGAGGAACUGGAGGCACCUUCCCCGUCUCCAUCCAAACCUGCUGCUGCUGCAACAGUUGCACCCUCUUUGCCCAAGCCUCCGGCGAAGCGUGCAAAGACAGACGCAGAGGAAGAUGCGCCUUUCCUGGCGAUGACAAGCCGCAGGUUACGUGGUGGCCAGGUGGCACAAGAUUCUUCAUCAAACAAGGCUGUUGUUGCACCUAAGGAGGUGCCCAAAAAGAAGGAGCCCUCUACUCCAAAGGAACCCCCUAAGAAGAAGGAGUGCGCUGCUGCCGAGACACCCCCAAAACCCACUAGUACGGCAGCCACAAAGAAACCGGCUGCAGCUACGCACCCGUCUCCUGAGGAGCCGCUGCCUUACGGCUCCUACGAGGACAGCGGCGACUACCCGCUGGUGCCGGAGACGCCGCUUACCAGCGAGCAGAAGCGCCUGCUCCAGGCGCUGCUUGCAAGCACCCAGUGUAGCCGCCCGCUCACAGUUGCGUUGCCUGUGGAGCCUUGCUUUUUAUGCCCGCAAUUGGACCAGCAGGAUGCUCUUGCUGCUGCACGAGCACUUUCGCCAGCUGAUGGUGGCACGCCUCAGAAAACAUCAGCCACCUCUGGCAAGCUGGGGACUCCUUCACCGGCCACUGCUGGGCAGAAAGCGGCACAAGCAGUGAGACCAACCAGUCAUGCAGCCAGUGCGCAGAAGGGAGCAGACGUGGCGAAGAAGGUUGGAUCUGUGGUUCAGGAAGCAACGACAAAGGAGAGCACUGCAGAGACAUCCAAAACCCCUCGCAAGCCCAAAGUAAAGUCACUCCCCAGCCCCAUAAUCCCAGCUUCGCCCACCGAGUCUGCACAGAGCACCCGCAGCCGUCGGCCAAUCCGACUUCCUGCUCGCUUCCAAGACUCAGCGUUGUACUUCUCGCCCAACGGGGACUUGUUUGACAUUUCAUCGCCACCUAUGUCACCCCGGCGAGGCCGUCCGAGCACAGCUAGCAGCUCAAAGAUUGCCCAGCAACCACCACGGCCUCCGCCACCCCCUGUGGCAACCGUCCAGCCAGAUACAGUGCAAUUGUCUUCUUCAUCCUCUUCAUCUUGGUGUGUUUCAUCUUCGUCAUCAUCAUCUUCGACACCUUCGUCAUCACGCUCAUCAUCUCCUUGUGGCAGUGGCUGUGAAGCUGCCGCAUCUGCGCAGGCCUCCAGUAGAAAGGACGGCGAAGGCUCACAGGGUUUCCUUGUCAAUGGUGGCCGGACUCUGAAGCAACUGACACGCCUCAAGACUGAUGGCUUUGUGAGCUUGAAUUCCAUCCAAGACUCCUCCCAGGCUUCCUCAACACCUGAUGGCUCUGUUGAUGUCAACAUAGAUUCUUUGUCUGACUCGGAUGAGGAGUUGUCUGUGGGUGAAGAGCCUCGUGUUAAGGACGUGGAGAACUCAAUGCAGAUCAAGGCCUGCCGUGAACGAAUUCGACGGCAGCAGAUGCAGAACCUGUUAAUGGAGCUUCAGAAUGUUGUCUUUAGAACGCCCUCCACAAAGCCUGUGUCCAAAGUGUCUGUCCUGUCACAGGCCAACCAGUACCUCCGCUGCCUGAGGGUUUUGUCAGCACACCUGCAUGAAGAGAAGCGUUGGUUGAAGCGUCGUCGGGCAGCCCUCGAAUCGUGCUUGCAGGCCAGCCGCCUGGGCAAGCAGCCCCCGCCGUGGCCACAGGUUGAGCCCCAGCCGGCUCCACUGCCCAUCGCUGUUCGUGAAGUGUGUGACCUGAGUGAUUCCACUGUGCCUCCCAUCCGGGAGGCGACCGAUGAUUUGGUCAACGGCGGCAGUGUUCCUACUUCACUUUCUGCGUUGCCAGCAAAAAGUAAAAAGAAUGGGAGUUCCACUGCCAGCAAACAACAGCAUGGGAAAAAGAAGCUUUCUUCUGAGUCGGGUGCAGAGAAAACUUCAAAACACAAGUCGAAAGCUCCGCCGCCACAAAAGGUUCUGGACAAAGCUACCAAAACAACUGCCCCAACAAAGCUAGAGGCAGUUACAUGUGAGGAGGGUGACAUGGAGACGACAACAACUGGGAGUGAUGACUCAGCAGCCAUCACCUACAGGCUGAAUGAUGGCCACAUUGGCGCCUUACGCAGUAUUCCAACACCCACGGACACGCCCAGGAAGUACACACUGUACCCUGCAAAAGGCACCGUGCUGGGGGACCUUUCAAAGGUUGCUGCUGCAGCGCAACACAUCAUUGGGCCCUGUGUCAUCAAGCGGGUCAAGCUGCGUUCUGGCCAGACUGUGUUUAUCUAUCGGCAACCAUCACAAGGUGUUACACCUACAGCAGACGACGCACCCACACCAGGUGGGGCAACUGCAGCACAAGACAGCCCUAGUGGUGGUGCAGGAGAUAAAGACCAGCCUCUUUCAUCAGGAGCGUUGGCAGCAUUGAACGAUGCGGAGGUGUCUACGUUGCAGCUAGCAGAACCCUCUUCAUUGCCUGAGCCAGUCUUGCCACCCAGCCCGGACGAUGAAAUGCCAGAUGUGGGGUGUGCUGACGAUAGUCAGGACAGCUCACUGCAAGGUGUUGGGGGACAAGACCAAGUUUCUCAUGAGGACAAUAUGGAUGAUAAUGAGGGUGAUUUAGGAGACACUUCGGAGUGGAUCUCAGGUGAUGGUGACACUUGCAUUGUAAUGAAACUGCCAGUGAGCUCUGACGAGGAAGAAUCUUCAUCCGAUGAGUCGUAGCAUCAGUUGUGUUUGUUGUGUUUGGACACCUGCAGUGUGUGAGUGAGUGUGUGAGCUUCUUGCUUGGGGAGAACUGCAUCGCGCCAAAGAACAACUCUAACCUUCCCUCCUUGUUUGGGACUUAAGUGAUAAGCCUGCUGACAUGGCCAAAACUCUCACAAUGGUGUGCCCUGGCUUCUGCUCUUCCAGCCAAGCUGUGCCACCUCAGCUACAAGCUGUGCUCAAUCUGGGAUUGGUGAGAGCGAACAGUGGUGGGCAUUUGUAGACAUUCGUUUCUUCGCAUUUUGUGUUCCUGUGUCUGUGCACUCCUUGUGGAGAAAGUGGUGUUGCCACCUGGAGGGCUUUCAGCCGCAGAAGAUAAAACCGAGUCAAGAGAACUGAGCAGUGGAGAAACAGUGAUCUUUUUCUUGUAAAUAUAUAUGUUUCUUGUGUGUAAAUCAUCAUGCAAUUAAAGUAACUCGGAAGUCCC